CGGGAAAGGCGGUUUCCACUGCCCAGGGGUUUUGGAGAGCAGCGGCCAAGGCGUGGGUGGCUCCUGCGACGCUUCCUGCGCGCCGGGACCCCCACCUGUCGGCACCGCCAGCUCAGGGCCGGAUACGCACUGCGUAAAAGGUGCUCAAUAAAGUUGCUCCGAACAGAUGCCUGGCAGUCACCGGGGUGUGGGAUGCAACUGAAAACAGUCUGAUCCGGGGUGAAGCAUCUUAAAGUUACUGUUUGGCGGGGUGCUUCUCCCGGCGCUGGGCCGGGGUGGGGGUCGCCCGGACGGCCUUCCUCUCGGCCCGGCGGCUCCUAGCCUGCCUACCCGGACUCCCCGCAGGAAGGCACAUCUGUCGUCGGCCCGGUGGGAUCCGAGCCUCCCCGCGCGACCCGAGCGCCCGGCCCGCGUGCAGCGUGAGCGGCCGGGGGACCCGGGCGGGCGGAGACGCCGGGGAGGGGUUUGGGGGCCUGGGGCGGGGCCCGCGGCUCCUGAGUCCCGCCCGCUCCGCCGCGCUCGGGCCCGGAGGGCGCCGCCUCGGGCUGCGUCGUCGCGCCCUGCGCUCGGCUGGCGGACGCGGACACGUCUCUCGGCGCUUGACCGGUUAUUAGCAAGUGGAUUGUUUUGAAGAUAAAGUAUCCUGCAAAGAUACCGGAGGGCUCACUCUUGUCAUCUUGUCUGCGAAGGUAAAGGAGAGGGCCACAGCGGUCAGUUACGGAAGAGCCAGACCCCCAAAUCCCUGGGCCACUUGUUCUUAAUGAGGUGAAAAAACCAGUACAGUCCCACCCAGGAUGCCAAGGGUCACCACCACGUGCCACACUCCACGUCCGCCACUCUACGUACCUGGUUGGUGAUCUGACAGCCACAAAUGUUGGUGAUGUUUCUCCCCUUUUCUGAAGAAAGUUUGCGCAGGAAGUUGGCUCUCCUGCCGUGGAACCUUAAAACCCAGGAUGAUCCUGUCUAAUGCCACAGGCAUGACCUCUCUUCUGGCCAAACUGUGGCAGGGAACAGUUCAGCAGGGCAGCAACAUGUCCGGCACAGCCCACAGGUCCCCUGGAAAUGGGGACAGCAAGCUGGAGGCACUCUACAUCCUCAUGGUGCUCGGCUUCUUCGGCUUCUUUACCCUGGGCAUCAUGCUGAGUUACAUCCGCUCCAAGAAGCUGGAGCACUCCCACGACCCGUUCAACGUGUACAUCGAGUCUGACUCCUGGCAGGAGAAGGACAAGGCGCGCCUCCAGGCCCGGGUUCUGGAGAGCUACAGAGCGUGUCAUGUCAUUGAGAACCAGCUGGCCGUGGAACGACCCAACUCACACCUUCCCGAGAUGAAGCCUUCGUCAUGAACCCCAGCUGGUUAAAAUCGGACAAAUCCUACUUGACCACCUGCUUUUUCUAAUCAUACACCUCUUAUAUUCCUUAUUGUGUGAAUGUGAUUGGAGUUUUUUGCUAUUGUAAGGGGUGAGGGAUGCUCUAUUUCUCUCAAAUCACAUUCCUUCCGUAAUAGACAGUCAGCUGUUGUCCUGGAACUGUCCCUGCCUUGUUAAUUUUUAGCAGAAUCCCUGAGAUCAUGGCCUCUGAGAAUAAGAGCUGUACUUCCCAGACUUCCUUGCAGCUGGCAAGGUCAUGUGAUGAAGCACUGGCCAGUAAACGUGGGAGUGAUGAGUGUGAUCUCUGACAGGUCCUUGGAAAGGGAAGGCUGUGUCCUCCACUUCCCUUUGCCCCCUUCCCAGUGUCUGAGCACAGACUGUGGGGAAGGACCGCACACUCACAGACGGCGGAGCAGCAGGGGCCUGGGCUCCUGGGCAACUGCAGGAGGGUCUCCCUGCCUUCCUGGUCACCUGCCAGCUCAGACUUCAUAAGAAAUAGAAACCAACUCCAAGCUUCCUUAAGCCACUGUUAUUUUGGUCUCUGUUAAAGUUAACAGAAUAAAUAUCCCAACUAACACACCUGCCUAUGGGGCUGGGACCAACGGCAUAAUAUUUGCAUAUUUGUCAUAAGCACACACCCCUCUUGUGAAGGGACAGGACCUGCUCUGGCCCUGUCACUUUCCCUUUGCUGCCCUGGCUCUGUCCUCUCCCUUCCUGCUUCCACCCCUCCAUUAUGCCACCCUUCACACCCACACACCCACACCCCCCACAGAUGUUCACGUGCACAUGCACACUUUCUACUCACGCACCCCAAUCUCAAAGGAACUUGCUGCCUACAGGACUGAGAUGCAGGAGAAAGAACUCCCAUUUCAGAAUGUGUAUCAGGGGAAGGUGCUUGGUUAUCACAACAGGAUUUAUGUGCACCCACCACCCCAGAGCCAAGGGCAGGGCAUGGGUGUGGGCAAGUGGCAACACAUGGGACUGAGGUGGCAGGGCUUUCGAAGCAACGUGCCAGCUGUGGUUAAAUUGUGUCACCCCAAGAGAUUCAUUCAAGUCCUAGUCCCUGGUACCUGUGGAUGUGACCUUAUUUGGAAAGAGGGUCUUUACAAAUGUGACCAAGUUAAACGGAAGUCAUUAGGGUGGGCCUAAUGCAAUAUAACUGAUGUCCUUAGAAGAAGAGGGAAAUUUGUGCACAGACACUUGGGGAGAACCCCAAAGGAUAAGACAAAGGGACAACAGAGGCACAGACAAGGGGUGCAGCUGCAAGCUGAGGGCUGAUGCCAGAAGCUGGGGGGGGGCAAGGAGGGCCCCUCCCCUGUGGGUCUCUGAGGAAGCAUGGCCCUAGGCACCUCGAUUGUAGACUUGUGGCUUCCAGAACUGAAAGACGAUGAGUUUCUGUUACUCUAAGCCAUCUGGUUUGAGAUUAUUUGUUACAGCCACUGCAGAAGCUCAUACAGUGCCUGCCACACUACCCAAGACAGCGCUUUCCUCUCAGCCAUCUUCCUUACAGACAAGAGAGUCCUUGGAAACUUCCCUCAGAGACAAGAUGCAAAAGGCAUUGAGGUGGAAGUGGGUGGUCCUGGGAGCUGCUCAUGACGGGAGAAGAAAGCCUCGGGAGCAUGACCUGAUCCACAAAACUCACAGAGAACGUGUGCCCCUGGUUUUGGCCUUCCUCUCGGCUGCCAUCGGUGGCACAAGCAUCCUGUGGUAUCCUCGGAUGGACAAAUCAACCCAGACUGACUGCAGUCCUUCCUCACUUGGCAGAUGGCGAUUCCUCUGUGUGGCUAUGGGACAGGGGCUUCUGGUGGGCCAUCCCUGGGCAGAGCUCUGGCAGAGGUUAGUAAUCGUCCUCAAGAUGAGUGGUCCUUUGGAUCAGAGUCCUUUGAAAGUCUAAUGAAAGUGAUGAUUUCCAUGAGAAAUGCACAUGGACACGGCAUUCUGUCCAGCAUCUCGAGAGGGUGGGGUCACAGGCUGCUGGAAGCCCAUUUAUGCCUGCUGGCAUCUCCUGGCCCCUGUGUGAGUUCCCGGCAGGCUAGGAACGCGGGUUCGGAGAGGGACCCAGAGCACACGUGAGUCUCAGUGUGAUUCACAGCGACACACUGAGUUUGAUAUUCCAGGCUCACUGGUUGGCUGUUCGUCACCAGGUCACCUUCCUCCACUGACAUUCCUGUAACUUUGAAGGCAGAGGGAAAUCCCAGGAGCUUUAAUCCUCCCCAUCCUUGAAGCACCAGGCAUUCAGCUCACAGCAUUCAGCUCACAUCACCACACCCCUCUAACCCUUUAUAAGCCACAAAUGUUCAAACGCUUGUCACCAUAUUUUAGCAUUUGAUUUAACAUGCUGAGGGCUUGUUUUAUGCCAGGAACUGUGCUGGCCUCUUUAAAACUAGAAUCCCAAUUAAUAUUUUAUAUGCAAUAUUUUAUGUGUUCAUUGGAGAGGACAACAUGCCUUUUGAGGAAUUAAUAAGAUCUUUCUUAAAAAUUAAAGUCUG